AAAUAUGUGUCUCCUUUCCAAAAGUAUGAGAAAGAGAGAGAGGGAUACUGAGAGCAUCAUCAUCAAUGGCUCACUCACCGCCAGAGGAACAUCGACAUUAACAGCAGAAGAAGCAGCAGCAGGCUUCAGUCAGUAAAACCAUACAGAGUCGAGCCGGAGAGCAUCAGGACAUCAUCUGAAGAGCACCGGUGACCACCGGGGGAGAGAGACUCAGGCUGCAUCAUGACUGCAAUGGAGGAGCAGAGACUGGCUGGAUGACUGAAAAAACACACACUGGCCGCCUUCCCGAGAGGAAUACCGCUGCUUACUGACUGGAAUAGCGAGGGAGCUGACUCAGCGGUUUCUACAGCAGAGCUGUGAGAGUGAUUGACCCCUCCAACACUGCUCCAUUAGGGUGCUGCGAUAAGACCGCCAUGCCGCCCCCAGCUGACAUCGUAAAGGUGGCUAUUGAAUGGCCUGGUGCUAAUGCUCAGCUGAUAGAGAUGGACCAGAAAAGACCUUUGUCCUCGAUAAUACGGGAAGUAUGUGAUGGCUGGUCUUUAUCAGGCUCAGAGCAGUUUGCUCUGCGUUAUGCUGACGGGCCUCAGCUUUAUAUCACUGAGCAGAGCCGUGGUGAAAUCAAGAACGGGACCAUCCUUCGAUUAGCCAUUUCACCUGCUCGCGCUGCUCGUCAGCUCCUGGAGAGGAUCCAGUCCCACGGUAUCGACGCUCGCCUGGAGGCUCUAAAAGAGCUCGCCAAGCUGUCUGCAGACCCGACCUUUGCCGCAGAGUUCAUCAAUAUGGAGGGCAUUGGGACGCUGGCACGUCUUGUUGAGAGUGGCACCCACUUUGGUGAAAUGCUGGCCUUCACUCUCACUGCCUUCCUGGAGCUAAUGGAUCACGGCAUUGUGUCCUGGGACCUGAUCUCCCUCUCCUUCAUCAAACAGAUCGCAGGCUAUGUGAACCAGCCGAUGGUGGACGUGUCCAUCCUGCAGCGCUCUCUGGCCAUCCUGGAGAGCAUGGUCCUGAACAGCCACAGCCUCUACCACCGGGUCGCACAGGAGAUCACCGUGGGACAGCUCAUCGGGCACCUGCAAGUGUCAAACCAGGAGAUCCAAACCUACGCCAUCGCCCUCAUCAACGCUCUUUUCCUGAAGGCUCCAGAGGACAGACGGCAGGAGGAGUAUACUAACCCGCUGGAGCAGCACCUCACUGAAAUGGCAAGCACUUUGGCUCAGAAACACCUGCGAUCCAUCAUCCUCAAUCAUGUUAUCAGAGGAAAUCGACCAAUCAAAGCAGAAAUGGCACAUCAGCUGUACGUGCUGCAGGUAUUGACCUUCAACCUUUUGGAAGAACGAAUGAUGACCAAAAUGGAUCCUAAUGACCAGGCUCAGAGAGACAUCAUCUUUGAGCUGCGUAGGAUUGCCUUCGAUGGAGAAAAUGACCCCACUGGUACAGAAAAAAGGAAGGCCAUGUACACCAAGGACUAUAAGAUGCUGGGAUUCACUAACCACGUGAAUCCGGCCAUGGACUUCACCCAGACUCCUCCGGGAAUGCUGGCUCUGGACAACAUGCUGUACCUCGCCAAGGUUCACCAGGACACGUACAUCAGGAUUGUGCUGGAGAACAGCAGCCGCGAGGACAAGCACGAAUGUCCCUUUGGCCGGUGUGCCAUCGAGCUCACUCGAAUGUUGUGUGAGAUCCUCCAGGUUGGAGAACUGCCUAAUGAGGGCUGCAACGACUACCACCCCAUGUUCUUCACUCAUGACCGGGCAUGGGAGGAGUUCUUCUGUGUCUGCAUCCAGCUGCUUAAUAAAACCUGGAAGGAGAUGAGAGCCACAGCUGAGGACUUCAAUAAGGUGAUGCAGGUGGUCCGUGAGCAGAUCACCAGGGCUCUGGCGAUGAAGCCGUCGUCUUUAGACCAACUGAAGAAUAAACUGCGAGGCCUCAACUAUUCGGAGAUUCUGCGUCUGCGGCAGUCAGAGAGAAUGAGCCAGGACGACUUCCAGUCUCCUCCCAUCAUUGAGCUGCGGGAGAGAAUUCAGCCCGAGAUCCUGGAGCUCAUCAAGCAGCAGCGACUCAACCGGCUGUGUGAGGGGAGCUGUUUCCGCAAGCUGGGGAACCGCCGAAGGCAAGAGAAGUUUUGGUUCUGUAGGCUCUCGCUGAAUCACAAAGUGCUGCACUAUGGAGACCUCGACGAGUCACCUCAGGGUGAAGUGCCUUUCGAGCUGCUCAGUGACAAGAUUCCCGUCUCUGACAUCAAGUCUGUGGUGACCGGGAAGGACUGCCCUCAUAUGAAGGAAAAAAGUGCUCUGAAACAAAACAAGGAGGUGCUGGAGUUAGCCUUCUCUGUCCUCUAUGAUCCCGAUGAGACACUCAAUUUUGUUGCACCCAACAAGUACGAGUACUGCAUCUGGACUGACGGGCUGUGUGCGCUGCUGGGCAGAGAGAUGGGCAGCGACCUGACGCGCAGUGACCUAGAUACCCUCAUCAGCAUGGAGAUGAAGCUCCGCCUCCUCGACCUUGAGAACAUCACCAUCCCAGAGGCCCCGCCCCCCGUGCCGAAGGAGCCUAGCUCGUAUAACUUCACCUACAACUACAGCUGAGAUGCGAACGGGACCAUAGAGCAGAUCUGUUGACCUGUUUUAGAAGCUCGACCCUCAAAUGAUUGGAAGCAGGUCAGAAACAGCUGAGUGACACAUGGCUGUGUGGGCAUCGGAGACAUCUAGUGCUGCUCAUGUAUCAUAUGAGCAGACAGUAUUCUGUGCUUUGUAUACAGUGAGAUUAAUUUUAGUGCUUUUGCUUGAUGUCGUUUUCUUAUUUCCAUAGUGUCUUUGGUUUGUGUAUUUUAUUCACGUCACUUAAUGUAUUAAUCACUACUGUCACUUGUUAAUGCAGAAUAGAAUUAUAUUUUUGUAAAUGAUUGUACAAUCUUAUCAGCUGUGAAGAGAAUGGGUAUCGAACUAACAGCAUUUUUACUUUGCGUCGCUCUGUACGGUACAUUCAGCACGCUCAUUUACUGUGGAAGGACAUGACCAAAAUGUUUUUGGUCUUCAUAUUUUUUUAAAGUCACAACCAUAGACUGUAUAUAAAAAUGGAUGACGCGUCUACGCUUCCUCCCACUGUACAGAAAUGAAGCCAAAAUAUCCUUGGAGCGAGAGUCUGCGCAGUGAGUGAUUUGCGGUCACUCGCCCGAAAUAAUCGCGAGCUUGUUAGCGAGAAAGACUCACAGCAGCCAAUCAUGACGUCUCAACCACUUUUUAUAGCAUCAAAUAACUAAUAAAAACCAAACUUAUCAGAAAAAUUAACACUUGAACCUACACCAGCGUGAUAAGAACUACCUAAAAUGACAGAAACCAUCUUUGGGAAAAAUGUAUUUGACGUAUUUUGACUUUUUAGUUUGGCCCACGUUCCAUCCGUUAACAUAGAGGGGGCGGGAUUUAUUACCUAUACUGCAACCAGCCACCAGGGGGCGAUCCAGAUGUUUUGGCUUCACUUUAGGGAGCCGUCAUGUCGUCCAUCUUUUUAUACAGUCUAUGGUCACAACCGUGUUUUCACACUACAAGCACCUCAUAUUGUUUAGGAAUGACACCCACUUCAGCACCUAACGAUGAUGUCAGUGUUAAUGUAUCUUAUAAUGCUAAUGGGAAUAAUGAAAAUUGCCAUUAUUGUUGAUGCUGUUUGUGAAAAAGGAAUAUUUGAAAUUUUUUCAAAUAAUGUUUUUGCUGUUUGGUUUUUAACUGAUGUUGGAGGUUGUAAAGGUUCCCUGUGGAGUUUCAGACCUUUAGUGGUGCUGUGGAGCUGCUUUUCUCGGAGUGGGUCCCCGUUUAGUUUGUCUCGUGCACGCAAACGAGGAUGCACAUGCGGUACACAUUUCUACCAAUGGUUUCACAUCACACUACUCCACUGACCAACAGGUGGCGGGAAUUCACCAAAAAAUGCAGCAAUGCACCAGAAAAGGCAGGGUAGAAGAAUUCUGCAAGCUAUUAAACAUGGAUGUAAACAAUACUGGAUUUAAAAUGCUUAAAAAAAUUAGCUUUUAUGACACGUUUGUUAGACCUUAAGGACACACAAUGUGUUUUAGUGAGCAACACUGAAUAUAAACAUUUUGUUUGUUUACAAGAAAACUCCACAGGGCCCCUUUAACUGCUUAAAAAAUGUUAUUUUAUAAUCCAGUGAGUCAUUGAACUGCAGCUAAAAUAUAUAAGUAACCACGAAGUACCACAGCGAGUAAAGGAUUGUUGCAUUGGAUGUACUAACAGUAUGACUCUUUUACAUGACUUGCUAAACUAUUUAUUUACACUUGCUAGUGAUAGUAAAGAAUGACAUGUUGUUAGAUGAGAAAUAACAACAUCAAAUCUAAAUAUGGUAUACAUAUAGAUCAUUGUAUGUAUAUACAGUAUUGUGUUGCCUUAUUGAAGAAAAUGUAUUAUGUUUUGUGUGAAUAAAUACAGAGUCUAACUACUGUU